GUUAAGGUAAAGCAGAAAAGUGCAGUGCUGAACAUGCUAAAGAAGUUGGACAAAAUAAGGUUCAGAGGUCACAAGAGAGAUGAGUUCCUUGAUUUAGCAGAGUCUCCAAAUGCUUCAGACACUGAAUGUGGAGAUGAAAUCCCGGUGAAAAUACCUCGAACAUCAACUCGAGACAAUGAAGAGCUGAGAGACCCUGCUGGUCCAGGGACCAUCAUCAUGGCUGCAGGAGUCCAGGAUUUUAACAGAACGGAGUCUGACAGACUGAAUGAGAUCAAAGGUCACCUGGAAAUAGCCUUACUGGAAAAACACUUUUUACAGGAGGAGCUCAGGAAGCUGAGAGAAGAAACAAAUGCUGAAACGUUAAGGCAGGAGCUAGAAAAGGAGCGACAGAGGAGAUUAGAACUAGAACAAAAAGUCAACGAAGUACUUAAAGCAAGGACAGAAGAGGUGACUGCAGCUCAGCAACCUGCAAAGCCACAGGCGCAAGCCAAUGGAACAGAUAAGCGUAGUCACACAGUCAGUUCAAGACUCCAGAAAUGGUUUUUUGACAAAUUUGGGGAGUAUGUUGAGGACUUCAGAUUUCAGCCAGAAGAGAAUACAGUGGAGACAGAAGAACCACUUAGUGCGAGAAGAUUGACUGAAAAUAUGAGAAGAUUAAAGAGAGGUGCCAAACCUGUUACUAAUUUUGUGAAGAAUCUUUCUGCCUUAUCAGACUGGUAUUCUAUCUACACUUCUGCUAUUGCCUUUAUUAUAUACAUGAAUGCUGUAUGGCAUGGCUGGGCCAUUCCCAUGUUCUUAUUUUUAGCAAUUUUGAGGUUGUCCCUAAAUUACCUCAUAGCCAGGGGUUGGAGGAUACAGUGGAGCAUUGUGCCUGAAGUUUCUGAACCCAUGGAACCUCCAAAAGAGGACCUGACGGUGUCUGAAAAGUUCCAGCUUGUUCUAGAUGUGGCUCAGAAGGCACAGAACCUUUUUGGCAAGAUGGCAGACAUACUGGAAAAAAUUAAAAACUUGUUCAUGUGGGUCCAACCAGAAAUAACACAGAAGCUCUACAUUGCCCUAUGGGCAGCAUUUAUUGCAUCCUGCUUUUUGCCCUACAGGAUUAUUGGGCUUGCAAUGGGACUCUAUGCUGGAAUCAAGUUUUUCCUUAUUGAUUUUAUCUUCAAACGAUGCCCCAGACUAAGAGCUAAGUAUGAUACUCCUUAUAUCAUCUGGACAAGUCUCCCAACAGAUCCUCAGCUCAAAGAUAGAUCUAAUGCUACAGUGUCAAGACGGCUUCAAACAGCAGCAUCCAGAAGUUACGUGGGCUCAAGUGCCCCAACUGGAAUAAGCAAAGAUGAAGACACGAGUCGUUUCCAUACCACUAAGAGGGGCAAUUUUCAUGAAGUUUUUAACCUGUCAGAAAAUGAGCGUCCUUUGGCAGUGUGUGAAAAUGGCUGGCGUUGUUGCUUGAUAAAUAGAGAUAGGAAGAUGCCUACAGACUACAUCAGGAAUGGAGUUCUUUAUGUCACAGAAAAUUAUUUGUGUUUUGAAAGCUCCAAAUCCGGCUCAUCUAAAAGAAAUAAAGUUAUAAAGCUAACGGAUAUAACAGAUAUUCAAAAGUAUAAAGUGCUCUCUGUUCUCCCGGGAUCAGGGAUGGGUAUUGCUGUAUCAACGCCAUCUACACAAAAACCUUUGGUGUUUGGUGCCAUGGUACACAGAGAUGAAGCUUUUGAGACCAUAUUCAACCAAUACGUAAAAAUAACCUCUGCAUCAUCAAGUAAUGAGAGCUAG